AUGCUGUUGUCCCUUACGCGCAUUGUGUGCUUUGUCUGGGCAGCUUCGGCGCUUAAUAUCGCCCUUGCCCAGACCGUUAUACAAAGCUAUCCGCUCUCUUUGAUCAGUCGAUUCUCAUCGCCCCAAACCUUCGAAAACAUAGCCGUCAAGUCGAACGGCCACCUUCUUCUCACAUCAACCACAUCCCCUACAGUUUUCGAGGUUUCUCCGUUCUUUGAAAACCGAAACCUCCCGCUCGUCGAAAUCCCACAGGCGCAAGGGCUUCUCGGUAUCGUCGAGCUAGAAGAGGAUGUCUUUUACGUUGCCUCAUCGAAUAUAACCGCCUCCCGCGGUACUCCGGGAUCGAAUGCCGUGUGGCGUAUUGACCUUCGCAAUGCUACCGCCCGGUCAACAGGGGGCGAAGUUUCCCUGGUUGCAAACAUUACCGAUGCGGGAACUCUAAAUGGCAUGUGUCGGCUCGGUCAAAGUGAUCGCAUGCUCCUGGUCGCCGAUUCUGCAAAGGGCCAAAUCUUCAGCCUGGACGUUGCAAACGGAGACUAUAAAGUGGUCAUGAAUGAAACAAUUUUACAACGCACCACGGACGGCUUGCCGGUUGCAGUGGACGGGAUUCGCGUCCAUGACUCCGAUGUCUUUUUCACCAACUUCAACCAGGGCCUGUUUGGGAGGAUUCCUAUAUCACCCAGCUCUGGCACCCCGACUGGGACUCCCGAAGUUACUGUCGCCAAUCUGUCGGGUGAUGACUUCCUGCUGUCAGAUGACGGUAGCAGAGCGUGGAUUGCCAUGAAUGGCAAUAGUACUGUGGUGGAGGUCGACAUUCUCAACAAAUCUUCCAAAGUCAUUGUCCAGUCGCCUCUCCUCGCAAGCGCGGCUGCGAUCGCUAGGGGCAGGAGUAUUCUUGACCGUGAUAGCUUAUAUGUUGCCUCGGGUGGGUGCCUCAGUUUAAAGUCCAACGGCAGUAAUGUCAGUUGUGAAGGGAUUGUUGCACGCAUUGAUGUUCCCAGUCCAGGUGCAUCUUCCUAACAACGUGGGUUCGAAUCAUAGUGGGAUGUCCUUAG